UUUUUUAAAGCAUGUUUUGUCAUACGGGCAUUCAAACGUCAGUAGGCAUAAACAUUCCGUUCUUUUACUUUCGCGCUCCAAUGAACAACCACGAAGACACUCGAAAAAGUAUACGGAUGCAUUACACGGCAUUUCCAGACAUUCCAGUGAAGUUCAAGUGCCCAUGUUGUCUUGACUUAUUGGAUGAUAAAUCAGUGCUUCGAGAGCAUAUUGACGAACAACACAACUACGUGUCGUCCCUCUUUUGCUAACGUGUGCUUUCGUUGUUUUAGUUUCACCAACACACUGCACAGCUGUUCAAGUCAAUGGGUUAUCAGCGAUCUCGAUGUUUCAAGGAGAUUCAGUGACUUCCGUGAGGAUGUCAUAAGAAACGGCCAUGAACACACGAGUUUGGAUCAGUCUUUCAACCAACUUUUGAUAAGUCUAACUCGUAGUUUUAUUUAUUUUGCCAACUGAUUUACAAAUCGAUUUCUAUUGAAAAGGCCAUGUCUUCGAUUCUCGUCCUACAACAUCGCUGCUCGUACGGUGAUAUCCCGGCUGAAUAUUUCACCUCGUCCCAUCUGCAGCAAAUCCGCUCACACGUGCUUGACGAAUUGAGCUGGCACCAAACAUUUGAUAUAUCGGAUUCUGCUCUGAUCAGGAAAACGCUCAAGGAUUUCCGGGACGAUCUCAUUGACGGCCUUGAAUCACGUAUUACCCUCUUGCAACUUGCCAAGUCCAAAGAAGAACCCUCAAGAAAUGUCACCUUGGCCAUUGAAUCAUUGAUACCAGCGCUUAAGGACUUGGAUCUUCCAAAGAUAUCAUCCGAAAGCAAUAUAAUAGCGGCUUACGUCCAUCCCAUUAUGCAGCAUCUCUUCGGUCACAACCUCUCGCACGUUGGACAUUGUGCAAAUAUUCCUCCAGAAAGUGACGAAACCAGUAAACGACCAGAUCACGCCACAGAUCUGUAUAAAGAGUACCAACGCGCCUGCCCUUUCUGCUUCGGUAAGGUCAAAAGGCAGCAAUCCACAGAAACUGCCAAAAUCAAGCAUUUUUACCGGUUGGCGUUGUUUGCCAAAGCAGAAUUGGAUAAGCAUUCUUUGAAUGGGGUGAUAUGCUUUCAAACCAUCGGGAUGUCAACUACAUUCUACUACAUGACUCGAAAAUCAAAUGUACUGGUAUUUGUGGAAUUGACGACAUUUGUAUUCCCAAACAAGAAACAGAAUGCGAUUGAACUCUGGACAUAUUUGGAUGAGCUCAUUUCGUUAGCGGCUCUGCACCUUUUAUUGGAAACAAAUAGCACCACGAAUUCCACAUCAUUACCUUCGAGAACCGUCUCCACAAUUUCGCAACCCAUGCCGACCAAUGGAGGCCUUGAAUAUUCAAACACCACUCAUUAUCGAACGAACUUGGAGUCAGACGAUCAAUUCCCAGCUGUCUAGGAAAGGGUGUCCACAGCAAUUUUUCCCGGCAGAACAGAUCGAAAUCGAUUAUCAUAUAUAAAUUCGCAAUAGAAUGCAUGUAAGAAAAAAGAUUCCAUGGAAAAGAUGUAUGGAAGGUAGAACAGAUAGAAGCGCGUUGAUGAAAUAUAUAUGAAUGCCUAACGGAACAGUGCAUAAUGAAAGAUGAGGUUAUGGAAAUGAAAAUAGAAGCAACCACGACG